ACAUUUUAUUUCAAGCUUAGCACACAAAUUCAUGAAACUGAAAUAAAAGUGUCUUGCGGAUAACAAUAAAAGAGAGAUGAAUUGCCAGGUUGAUAUGGCGUGGUAAAAAAAUCUUUUAAAGACAUUAGUGAUUUAUUAUUUAAUGAUUCACAAUUAUUUAACAGUUCAUCCAAAAAUGAAAAUUCUGCCACCGUUUAAUCUCAAAUUGUUCCAAAUCUGUAUCAAUUCAGUAGGAAAAACUACUUCAUACAAUGAAGACAGAAUAUUUUGGGGUGAACUGUCCCUUAUUUGCUUUACUUGCUAAACAAAUUUCAACAAUGUUUUAUGGUUCCCAAGGUCAACUGCAUGUGGCAUAUCUGAUUGAGCUACUUGCUAUUUACCAGUGGAACAAACCAAUCAGAUCACAAAACGUAGUGGUGGGUUGGGUCAAACAAGAUCCCGCCCCUUCAGUACUGCAGUGUGUCCACCAGUGUGUGUGUGUGUGUGUGUUUAUGUCUGCACGUAGACAUGCUUAAUCCGUGACUGUGACAUGAUCUCUUUACUCUUUAUAUUGAAAGAAAUAACAGUUUGUCUGUUUAAUACAAGUUUGAUAACAGCCCAAUAAGUUUAAACACAAACUGGAUCCCAAUCUUAUAGAGUUUAAUAAAUGAUUCAGUUUCAGUUUUGAAAACAGGUUUGUUUGAUUUGCAUAUAUAAUCUUGUAAUAAAAAGACAAGCGCGCUGAUUUUUUCACUGAUAAAAGGGAGCCACGAUAUCACAUGACCACUAAAUGAGUCUUUUCUCUUUAGAGGUCAUUUGAUGAUACCAGACAUUUAACAAAAACUGGGGUUUCAAGCUCAACACAUCCGAAUCUGUGCCGAUCAAAACCAAGACUACCAUCUCACGACCAGAAGUCGCUUUGCUGUCAGAGACGAGAUAUAACGUCAAUCCAUGUUUCCGCUACUAUUCAGUAGGCGGCGCUGUACCAUUUACAGAACAAUACAGCAUAUACGGAUCAAAACGCAAAAACUGAACUGACAUACUGUGAGAAGCUUUCCAUACGGCAGGAUCAAGAUGAUCUGUUACAAAGGCAUCCUCUGGGCAUUCAUGGCUGUUCUGUUUACUGGUUGGUUCGUCACGUAUGAUGCAGGCCAAUUUUCUGAAAAGCCGUCAAAACACUCAUGUAACUGGACCUGUAUGCUUCUCACUCUCCAAUGGCCUGGGAGUUUCUGCAUAAGCCUUAACAAACCAAAUAUUUGCAAAAUACCACAGACUGUUCAAAACUGGACUAUCCAUGGUUUAUGGCCUCAACGUACUGGUCACUGCUGUGACUGCUGGCCGAUAUUUCAUUCCCAUCUGCAGGACAUUGAACCUGAACUUUCCCAGCUGUGGCCUUCACUAGUGAAAGCUAAGAGCUACUUUAUCUUCUGGAAAGAAGAGUGGAUUAAACACGGGACUUGUGCAGGUUGUGAGGAAACUAUGGGCUCACCGUUUCAUUACUUCCAGACUGCAAUCAAGCUUCGGAAACUCUAUGACAUCGAUAGUGUCUUAAAAACUUCUGGAAUCACAACCUCCUGUGACGUGUCGUAUAAAUAUGACGACAUAAGUAGUGUUCUGGAACCACUGUUUGGGCGGAAUUACGACUUGCAGUGCGUGACAGACGAUAAGGGUCGUCAAGCAUGGGUCCAACUGAAGAUAAAUCUCUUCAGAAACCAAACGCUUGGAUGCCAUAAACAAGAGCAAAAGCAGUGUUUUAAUACCACGGUGUGGCUUCAAAGUCCAGGACAUCCCUGUCCAAAAAACGAAAGCAUCUUUUACUUUCCAAUUAACUAUGAGCAACCCCACGAACCUUGCAACUCAAGCCAUUUCAGAAAAGCUUAGGACAGUGUGUCAGAAUAAUAUAUUGCUCUCUUCCUUCCUGUUUUUAAUAAACAAGCUACAUUACACCUAAAGAAUACAGCCCUUGGAUUUUCUUUUCGAUAUAAGCAUUAAAACAAUCUCAGUUCAGAUGGGAAUGAAGGGCUUUUAAUUCAUUUUGAAUAUACACCAGAUUUCAUUGACAUUAUACAUGUCUUGAUGUGGAAUAAAUUUCAGUUGCACAAAGUUUCUCA